UGCGUGGCCGUCCCCAUCRCGCCCCUUGUCGUCCCCGCAGAUGGAGCAGAUCAAACGCGCCAACCGCCUCUACACCUCGGACACCAUCUUCCUCAAACCCACGCUCCUCAUCCCCGGCCAGCUGGGCCCCGGGGACGAGGACGAGGAGGACGAGGAAGAGGAGGGAGCCUCCGGAGCUGCUGGCGCGGCCGCCUCAUCCCACCCCGACGUCUCGGCUGCCGAUUUCCUGCAGCGGAUCGACGCCGACAUCCGCCUGCGCGCGGCGGGGACGGUGACAACGGCAGCGACGCGGUGCCCGGGCCCCGCAGGCGGCGACACCGACGGUGCCCGGGCGGCCCCACGGGGCGCCCUGCUCGGCCCGCGGCCCCUGACGAGGACGCCGCGCGCGGCCGCCCUGCGCGACGCCGAGGACGAGAUCUUCACGCUGUGACGGGGACGCCCCGCUGGGGCACCCCAGGGUGCUGGGACAGCGCUGCCUUUCCCACCCGACACCCACCCUUCGGAUCCUAUUUAUUUAGAGUAGUUUUCUCCCCGGGGGGGGGACCCACUUUUCCCUGUGCCAGCACCUGGUUCCCCCCGGGAGUUUGGGGCCUUCUGGGGAUGGGGUUUGUCACCCCGCUUUGC